CCAACGGAACGCUCAGCUGCAGCCUGCAGCUGCCGACCUCGCUGCUCCGCGUGCUCGUGCCCCGCCACAACGUUAUCCUCGCGGGUGUGGCCAGAGUUGUGCAGCAACACAGAGGCUGGCCACCUCCCACCCACGUAUUAGCAGCGCCUCCUCCCUCACGCACGGGCGCGCGUGCGGGAGCGACCAGGACCAGCAGGGGAAGGGCGAGCAUGGAGCUGAGGCCGCCCUGCCACCGCCUUCACCGUGCCCUCUAGCCAGCCGGCCGGCCGACCCAGCCUUGUCGGUUCCCGCCAUGGCAGCCACCGUCCUCGUCCCGCCGGCGCACUGCCACCGCUCCACGGCGGCGACGACGAGCGGAAGAGGAGGAGCAGGCGUCAUCUCGCAUUGCACCCUCCCUCCCGCGCGCCGGCGCCGGGGGUCGCGGGCCGUGAGGGCGGCGGCGCCUCCCGAGCAGAGCGGCGUGUCCCUCGCGGGAGCCUCCGGGCACGGGGGCGACGUCAAGGCCGCGCUGUACCGAGCUCUGGAAGGCGUGGACAGAGGGAUAUUCGGGAUGACGUCCGCCCAGCGGUCGGAGGUCCACCGCCUGGUGGAGCUGCUCGAGUCCCGGAACCCCACGCCGGAGCCCACCGCCGAGCUGCGGGAGAAGGUGGACGGGUGCUGGAAGCUAAUCUACAGCACCAUCUCCAUCCUGGGGAAGAAGAGGACCAAGCUGGGGCUGAGGGAUUUCAUCAGCCUAGGGGACUUCCUCCAGAUAAUUGACGUCGAAGAGGAAAAGGCGGUAAAUGUGAUAAAGUUCAGCGCGAGAGCAUUGAAGAUAUUGUCGGGGAAGCUCACUAUUGAAGCUUCAUACAGUGUCACUAGUAAAACAGUAAGGCUUCUUUCUCAUCUUUAUUAUUCAUGUUUGUUGAUCCUGCUCGCUGAGAGCCUGGAUUUUUCUCACGGUUUUAGCUUCGGUUUUCAGAGAGUGGAUAUCAAGCUUGAGAGUUCAACCAUCACCCCAGAGCAGCUGAUGAAUAUAUUUCAGAAGAACUACGACAUGCUCCUGGCCAUAUUCAACCCAGAGGGUUGGCUAGAGAUAACAUAUGUUGACGAAUCUUUACGGAUCGGAAGAGAUGACAAGGAGAACAUCUUUGUGCUGGAGAGAGCAGAUCCAUCAGAGGUUUAACAAAACAGCGACGCUUAUACGGAAAUUUCUGACAAGAAGAGUGGCACUUCCUAGAAGACUGUUGCCUGCAUAUCCUACGGCGGCACACGCACACAUGGUUAUUACCUGCUCAGUGCAGGUCAGAGGCUGCACAACGUUCUUGCCGAAUUUUGAUGAGAAUAGAACAGCAUAUACGAUCCGUUCUCUGAAAAACAUUUGUGCAAGCUGCUGGGCAUCUUCUAUGUUCCUUCACAUAGAGACUGGCGAAAUGUUCAACCUUAUAGCAGGGGGCAGACAGUACAGGUGUUGGAUAAAUUGUUCCCUUUUCAUUUUGUCAAUCUUACACCAAUGUUCAAGUAUUCUUAAUUGUAACAUCGUAGAAAAAAAAUAGAACUAUUCUUCCUUGCAAGACACAAUCUAAUGAGUGUACAGCUCGAAACUACACAUUAUUAUUCAAGACAUUUUUGGCAUCAUUA